AUGCAGUUCACGGAUCUCCUGUUUUCCCUCGGCAACCCGGUUGAGGAUGCAGAGGAAGACUCGCAGUCACACACUGUCGAAGUCUCUGUGCUCAAUCGGGAUCUUACGAUCCACCAGUCGCCAACAGUGCUCUCCUCCAGCAGAGCGGGCGGGACCACGGGGGCAGUCCUUUGGAAGAUCUCCCCUCUCUUUGCCCGAUGGCUCUGCUCGAGCAAUAACAUCCUAUGGGAAUCAUCUAUGCUUCACCAGCACUCUACAGUCAUAGAACUGGGCUGCGGAGUCGCCGGCGUUCUGGCACUUUCCCUCGGUCCUUCCGUAGGGAAAUACAUCGCAACGGAUCAGGAAUACGUCCGAAAGCUGUUCCAAGAAAACCUCGAAGACAAUCAUCACGUAACGAGGCGCCAUACGGUCCAGCAAGACCGGAGCACCGAUCGCAACCGCCAACACCGUCGCGGCUCCCAGAAGCCAAGGCAUAAAUCGUACCCCGGCUCUGCGAACCGCUCGCCCGCAGAAUCCCAAUCUCGCUCUCGCACAAGGCACGUUACCCAUUCCAGCGCAUCGAGCAGAAGUCCCACUGCCCGCGGAGAAUCCGGCGGCAAAGUCGAAUUCGUCCCCCUGGACUGGGAGACCGAUACGCUUUCAAGCAUAACCGGCGUCGUUGAGGACGGCUUCGACCUGCUCCUCUCAUGUGAUUGCAUAUACAAUGACGCACUCAUCAUUCCAUUCGUCCAGACUUGCGUGGAUGUAGCCAGACUCCGACCGUCCCUCGCGGCACAUACAUCCGCGUCUGCAGAUCAAGGAAGACAGGAUUUGGCACACGGGAAGCCAACGAUAUGCAUUAUUGCGCAGCAAUUACGCUCUCACGAGGUAUUUGAGAACUGGCUGCGAGAGUCAUUAGCUGAGUUUGCGGUGUGGAGGGUUAGGGAUAAGGUUUUAGAGGCGGCUGGUUUGGGCACUGGCUCAGGGUAUGUGGUUCAUGUGCUUGUGCUGAGAAAGUAA